CAAAGACUAAAACUGUCAGGCUUUUAUUUUGCAAAAUUGAUGUUUUUGCGUCACCGGAAACAGGAAGUACUGGGCCCACAACAAGGACAGCAGCGGCUGCGUGGUUCACUGAACUGUCCAAACUGGCAUGGUGGGGCCGGCGGUGCUGAGGGCUCUCCGGACCCUGCGUCCCAGGACCCUGACCCCGGCUGUGUGUGCUGUGUCGGCCCCAGUAGUCUCCGUCCUGUCCCCCUUAUGUGUGUGGAGGAGCUCCCCUGUGCGGACACUGCAGCUGUGCUCCGCCUUAUGCGCCGGACAUAACAAGUGGUCAAAGGUGAAACACAUAAAAGGUCCCAAAGAUGAGGCGAGAGGAAGAAUGUUCACCAAGUUUGGGAUGAUGAUAAGGAUAGCCGUCAAAGAGGGUGGACCCAAUCCAGAUCUGAAUUUAAACUUAGCCCACAUACUGGAACAGUGCAGGGGCAAAAACAUGCCCAAAGCAUCCAUCGAAGCUGCAAUCAAGGGUGCGGAAAAGGCGAAACCAACGACCCAACACAUGUUCGAGGCUCGGGGACCCGGUGGUUGUCUGUUGCUCAUUGAGGUCCUCACUGACAACAACUCCCGCACCCACCAGGAAAUCAGACGGCUGCUUAACAAGAACGGGGGAAUGUUUGCAGAAGGCACUCGCCAUAAUUUCCACAGACGGGGCGUGGUGGUGGUGCCAGGUCAAAACAUCACGACGGAGCGAGCCCUGGAGCUGGCCAUCGAGGCAGGAGCUGAGGAUGUCCAAGACACGGAGGAUGAGGAGGAGCAGCCAAUCCUACAGUUUAUUUGUGACAUGACGGAACUGAAGAAGGUGCGAGCGGCACUGGAGGAGCUAGGAAUGAAGAUUACAUCGGCUGGGUUGGAGUUUCUUCCCCACAACUUCUCAUCCCUGGACCAGGAUCAGCUGGACAGCGCUUCAACGCUGAUAGAAGCCCUCGAUGACUGCCCAGAUGUAGUCCGAGUUUGGGAUAAUAUCCAAGCUCACAGCUGAGGAUCCCUUUUGGACACUUGUGGACACUGAACAUCUUAGAUGUGAAAUAUUUAAUUUGACCGAGAAAGGAUUGUGACGUCAGCAUAAAGGACAGACAUUGAAAAUAUAAAGGUGUUGAACAUUUUCAA